AUGUCUGCCAACGGCGACCGAAAAUACGACAUCGACUCCGACUCCGACUCGGGCGAGUCCAUCCAAGGAGGCGAUGGCUUCGAGAGCAAGCCCCUCAAGUCGGCCCUCAAGAAGGGCAGCCAGCCCGCCCCCGAAGAGACGGUCGCGAAGCCGUACCUGCCGCCUCAGACCGACCCCAAAGACCUCGACGUCGCCUCCCUGACUCCCCUGACGCCCGAGAUUAUCGCCCGCCAGGCCACAAUCAAUAUUGGCACCAUUGGCCACGUCGCUCACGGCAAGUCGACCGUCGUCAAGGCCAUCUCUGGUGUCCACACGGUCCGUUUCAAGAACGAGCAAAUUCGUAAUAUUACCAUCAAGCUCGGCUACGCCAACGCCAAGAUUUACAAGUGCGACAACCAGGCUUGCCCGCGUCCUACCUGCUACCGAAGCUAUAAGAGCGACAAGGAGGUUGAUCCCGCGUGCGAGCGCGAUGGCUGCGGCGGUACAUACAGACUGCUACGUCACGUCUCGUUCGUCGAUUGCCCUGGUCACGAUAUUCUCAUGAGCACCAUGUUGUCAGGUGCCGCUGUCAUGGACGCUGCCCUUCUCCUGAUUGCUGGCAACGAACCCUGCCCUCAACCCCAGACCUCUGAGCAUUUGGCCGCCAUUGAAAUUAUGAAGCUGGAUAAGGUUAUCAUUCUGCAGAACAAGGUCGACUUGAUGAGAGAAGAGGCUGCCCAGCAGCACUACGACUCUAUCCUCAAGUUUAUCCGCGGUACCGUCGCCGGCCAGUCUCCCGUCAUUCCCAUCUCUGCUCAGCUCAAGUUCAACGUCGACGCCGUCAACGAGGCCAUUGUCAACACCAUUCCCGUGCCUCCCCGUGAUUUCAGCCAACACCCCCAGAUGAUCGUCAUUCGAUCAUUUGACGUCAACAAGCCCGGUGCCGAGAUUGACGAGCUCAAGGGUGGUGUCGCUGGUGGCUCCAUCCUCCACGGUGUUGUCAAACUUGGCGACGAGGUUGAAAUUCGACCUGGUAUCGUGUCCCGCGAUCAGAGUGGCGCCAUCAAGUGCACUCCUAUUUUCAGCCGUGUUGUGUCGCUCAACUCCGAGUCCAACGACCUCAAAUACGCCGUCCCCGGUGGCCUGAUUGGUGUUGGUACCCGCAUCGACCCUACUCUGUGCCGUGCCGAUCGUCUAGUAGGCUUCGUGCUCGGUCUCAAGGGCCGCCUUCCCGAGAUUUACAGCGAAAUCGAAAUCAACUUCUACCUCCUCCGCCGCCUGCUGGGUGUCAAGACUGCGGAUGGCAAGCAAGCCAAGGUUGCCAAGCUGGCCAAGAACGAAGUCAUCAUGGUAAACAUUGGCUCGACCUCUACCGGUGCCAAGGUUGCCGCUAUCAAGAACGAUGCUGCCAAGCUGAUCCUGACGAACCCUGCCUGCACAAGCAUCGGCGAGAAGGUUGCUCUGUCGCGUCGUAUUGAGAAGCAUUGGCGUCUUAUUGGCUGGGCCACCAUUGCUGCCGGUGUCACCCUUGAGCCCAGCAGCUCUUAA